AUGAGUGCAGAUGACAAGACGGAGACGGGGGCGAAGAUCGUCGCACGCAUGCUUAUCACACAGUACUCCUGGCUACUGAUGCUCUUCAUCAUUGCGCAGACCGCCCCGUUGGCAAUGCAAGUCUGGCUGGAGAGUUCUUCCGUGGCGGCCUUCCUUCGCGUUCUGAAGCAGAUGGUCACCUUGGCGCCUUUGCACUUUGUCUUCCAGGCGAAGAUCAUCGGCGCGUACCUGACAAACGAGAUCACGCUUGGAGGUGCGAAGUACCUUCCCACCGGUCGUGGUUUGCCUACAGAGCGGCGAGCCUUCCUGCGGCGAGUCGACGGUGACAAAAAGAAAGGUGGUGGAGGUGGCCUGUACAACGACUACGCUGUACUGGCACUCUACGACGGUGCGCAGCUGCUCAUUGCAUCCGUGAUGGUCCUGCUUGCAGGCGGCCUGGCAGUAGAGCAAUCGCUUCUUUGGUGGCUCAUCGCCUUGGGACUCACAAUCUGCUCUUGGCUGCUGGCACCAUUCAUCUUCAACCCGUACCAGUUUGCCUACACUCACUUCCUGUCGGACCUCAAGGACUGGAGGGACUUCUUCUUCCAAGACAGAGGCAAGCACUGGAUGUUCUGGUACGCAGAGAACCCGAAGAAGGCCGACACUCGUCUGGGCAUUGGCACAGGGUUGCGGACUAGCUCUAUGGAGGUGCUCAAAAGGGCCCUUUUCCUGGGCUGCUGGUACACCAUCCUCAAUCAGAAGGUGCACAUGAUGACGGUAAUCUUCGAAGGCACUUUCCGUUCUGCCUUCAGCAUUGCCUUAGUGGUCAUGCCACCGAUUGGCAUAGGGCUUGUCAUCUGCAUAGUGGCCCAAGUGAUGCGAACGGCCGGCUUCUUCGAUGGUCAGGAUCUCCAUCUUGGCUGGACCGUGCUGCUGGUUGUCAUUGCUGAUUCGGUAGAGACGCUCUUUUAUCUCUGGAAGCUCUUGAGCCUAAGCUGGUGGAAAUCCUUCACGGUCGGCCUGCUCCUGAAGUUCUCCUUGCUCUCCCUGUGCCUGGAAGCGGUGGAGUGCGCCUUCCGACUCAAGGGCAAAGGUCCCGGGCAGGCCAUCCAAAGAACGGCCAAGACGUGGCUGUAUGGUCACCGGAUGGCCCAAGACUUGGCCGUCUCUUCUCUAAUCUUUGGCGUGCUCUCGAUAGGGACCUUCUUCGACUGCAUCAAGUCGAAGCUCUGCGGCUGCAAAGGCUGCGGGCUGCACAACAUCCUGGUGUAUCGGGAUCCGGGGGGCGUGCACAAGCGACAGGUGGUGCGCAGGAACCAGAACGCGGGAGAGUACACGCAAGCAGGCGGUGAUGAGGAGCAGGCAGCGGCGGCGCCGCCUCAAGUGACAGCUCCCAGCUACAUCCCAUAUGAGGGCUACCCCUCUGCAGAGUCAGCAAGUGGCCGGGGACUGGAGUUCCAGGAGAGAGGCUCAUUUGUUCCACCACCCCCGCCGCAGGAAACUGAAGUCCCUCCACCUCCGCCGCCGCCCUCACAAUGA